GACUCGAUAGCUACUCUACGUUCAUUCGUUCGUUCCUUAGAUACCAAGACCAGCGAGACUAGACUAGAAACCAUAGGUGUCUUAGGGAGGGUGUAUGACGGGCAGUCAAGCUCGCCGAGCUUGAAUACUACAGAAUUUCCUUCACCUACUCGACAUCACCUCCGUAUUAAACACGCGAUACCUCGCUAGCAACAUUUAAUAGUCUGGUUUUACCUUGCAUACAACUACAAGGCCCGCGUCCCUAGCCAUUUUUGCAUUACCAGGGCGAACCGCGUGGAGGCACCAGGAUAUUGGAUACAUACCUAGAUCCGUGCUUUUUACGAACCCUUUGCCUAGUUCGCCUUCUCUAUACUCGCCACUACAGUCCAGUGAUAUUCGUAUUCUAGACCCUACUUGACAGUUCAUUUGAUAUCAUGGAUUUCUCCCUCAAACGUGCCGUUCCUACCGACGAUGAGAAUUUACAAGAGCCUGAGGCUAAGCGACAACGAACUAUCGAACCCGACUCCCGCUCUGUUACACCAGCUGAUAUCGACCUAUCAGAGAGACCGAUUUACGAUGUGGUGAGACGUCCGAAUGCCGAAGACUUUGGUAGAGAUGGGCUUCGACGUUCUAUCGGUGUAGCGCUGAAGCACGUGGGCUUCGACGCUGCUACUCCUGAUGCUCUGGAAGGGUUUACGGAGACGGCUGAUACGUAUAUCACGGGCUUUAUCGAGCACCUUCGUCGUAUCGCCAAUGCGGCAAGAAGAAACGACCCUAUACCAGAAGAUUUCGAGCUCAUCCUUCGUCGUCACGAUGUUGACCUAUCGUCUCUAAAGCUACAUCUUAAGAAUCCUGUACGGGAAGAGUACGUUGCGCCAUCGUUCUUCGACCCCGUAACGGAAGACGUUCAAUACCUUCAGAAGCCGCGGCCAUAUCUAGGUGAAGAGCUGUCUGGAGAGAAAGAAAAAGAAGCCCGACCGUGGAUACCAAAGAAUUUCCCAGCAUUCCCCAGCGCGCAUACCUACCGAUUCACCCCUGCGGAACAAGAGGCCGAUAUCGAAAAGGAGCAAUUACAGGCGGAAGUAGAUGCGAAGAAGGGCGAGGCAGCGCUGAGGCGAAUCAACCGAGCUGCUAGAAUUAGUCGACAGAAGGAGCUCAGAAGCGUUGCGCAGCGCGAUCCGCUAAGUCGCAAACGACACCAGAAUUGGGAGGACAUGAUGUCCGAGUUGCUACCCAAGGCCGGCCCGGCGCCGAGUAGUGCGCCAGAUAUUGCCGACCAUAGCUCGAUUGUUAACUUUGGUACUAAGUAUGGACGGAAGGGAAUACCUAAAAACAGCCGACGGCCACAGGCUGACCCCUUCAAUGGCAUGAUUUGACGAAUACAUAUCGACCAGUUGAUCUCCGAUGAAAGAGGACGCCACUACUUAAUAUUAAUCGGUCAUGAUGCGUAGCCUUGGUGGUAAGAUGCUCCCCUGUGAAACUGGCUUAUUGUUUAGAGACUUAAUUUGUUG